ACACAACGCCCGACAGCUGCGCAAACGCCGCCAACUCGACAUGUCUUCUGAUGACCAAGGCAUUGCUGCCCUCACGCCUCCAGCUGAUCACCACAGCGGUGCUGGCUCCCCUGCCGACUACAGCUCGCCACAGUACUUCCAGAGUCCUGCUGCAGAGCUUUCGCGUCGCCCCUCCAACGGCCGCACUCUCGUUCCUGUGCCUGCCCUAUGUGCGGCAACUUCCUCGGGCGCCGUUGCCACCACGUCUUCCACUUCUAGCAGCGGCGGCCCCUGCACUCCAGCAGCGGGCGGCCCCACGGGGAGGAGCUAUGUCAUUCCUCCGCGACCCAAGCCUGGCCGCAAGCCUGCCACCGAUGAGCCGGCCUCGAAGCGCAAAGCGCAGAACCGGGAGUCGCAGCGAGCAUUCCGGGCUCGCAAGGCGGCCAAGGUGACAGAGCUGGCAGAGCAAGUAGAAGAGAUGCAACAGAAGCACAACCAGGAGAAGAACGACUUCCUCAACGAUAUCAAUAACUUGCACAAGCAGCUGCAUGACGCAAGGAGGGCGCUCGAGGAACAGUGCAACUACGCCAAGCAGGUCGAAGAAGAGCGUGAUUAUUGGAAGGAGCAGCAUGACAGCGUGCAGCGCAACCAGCAGAACGAAAACACCCAAGCCAACAAUCAGAUCAACGGUCGCAACGAUGCCACGGCGACUCUCUACCAGCCUGCUAUGUCCCACGACCAUAAUUCCCCUGCUCGCCACUCUGUCAGCAGCUUCCCUGGUUUCGGCACCCCCAUAUCUGACGAUGUCCCUGGUGGCUGCUCUAACUGCAAGCCUGGCAACUGCGCGUGUAUCAACAGGAUGGAAGAGGACAUGAACGACUUGGAGAACAUGAUGAAUCAACCCUUCAUGCCAGCCGUGCCACUACCUCGUCGUAACAACCGCACAGCGACCGAAGUCAACAUCUCGCUGUCAUCCGAACCCGAGGAGAUCGACUUCACUGGAUUUGGACGCCCUUCUACUGCUCUCCUUGAUGACGAUCAGAAGAUCCACGACUCCUGCGGCUUCUGCGAAAACGGAGGGCACUGCGUAUGCCGAGAUGCCCGAGAGAAGCUGCAGGCCGAGGCCGAGCUCGCGCCCCUUUCGCGCGUUUCGAGCGGUGCUUCUGCGCAGACCAAGAAGCUUAUCCUGCCUGGUGGUUGUGACGAGUGCCAGACCAAUCCGGCAAGGCGGGCCUGGUGUUUGCGUGUUGCACAGUUGCGCGAGGAGGAAGGUCCCCGAUCAAGACGCAAUCCAGGCCCUCGGAGCCCGAAGAUGGACACUCUGGAGCCACCAGUCGUCUCACAGAUCGACAUGAACAUCAGCCGAGCAUCUCCCGUUCCUGGCAAACGUUCGGUCGGCUGUAGCGAGACGUUCACACUUCUUGAUGGCCGCAUUCCUAUGGACGAUCCUUCUGUCUUCCGCACCUUGCGACCCAUGCUUUCCGACGGACGACAAGAUACAUUCACCAUGGAGCCUCGCGUGUACAGCGCCAUGGAGAUUGACGCUGCAGAUAUCAUCACGACCAUGCAGAACAGUAGGGGACCCCUGAAGCCUCGAGAGUCAGACGGCGAGUAUGCACCUCUGGUCGCUGCUGCAGAGGAGCGGCGUCGUGCCACCCACUCGCCUGCCAUGCUUCCUACGAAGGAUGACCAGCCGACUCCAAUGGAGCUGUAAAUUCCUGUCUGCUUUGAGCGCGAUACCUUAGCGUGCGCUUUCUAAUCCCUUUCUUUCCGAUCAUUGUUGAUACCCUUUUAGUCUCUUCUCGUGGGCUACACGAGAGAGCACGUAUGUCCACAUGGACGCACAUACGUUUGUUUAUAUACGACUUCGAUGAUCCAUGGCUUAUUCUUUCCUUGAGGACUUCGUGAUAGUCCUCGCCGCGGUCAUUGAGCUGCGUGCGACGCAUUUAGAUACAACGAAUGAACGCAAUAUUCCAAAUAC